AUGUCGAGCGUCCUCCCGAAGCUCCGGGCCCUACGGGACUCGCUUCGGACGAAGCUGGGUCUCCACGGGGGCCCGUCCACCGCCACCGUCGCGGUCGAGCCAACGCGGAAACCUCCCGACGCUUGUGGCGGCGCCGAGAGCUGCUGUCGCGCCGACGACGAUGCGGGCGCCGAGAGCUGCUGUCGCGCCGACGACAACCGCGACGAUGCCGGAUGCGUGGCGCCGACCGUGACCGGGGGCAGGAUCCUGUUCGGAUCGCAGACGGGCACCGCGCGCAGGCUGGCGCACAAGCUCGCCAACUCCCUCCGCACCAGGCACCGCGUCGACCUGCAAGUCACGGACCUCGCCGACUACGACCCCGAGGACCUGGUCAAGGAGAAGGUGGCGCUCGUGGUGCUCAGCACGUACGAGUCCGCCGACGGCGCGGCGCCGCCCGACGCCGCGCGCUGGUUCUGCAAGUGGGCGUCCGAGAGCUCGAGGGAUGAGCGCUUCGGGAUGCUGUACCUGAUGAGGGUCAAGUUCGCGGUGUUCGGGUGCGGCAACAGGGAGUACGGCGCCGAGAGGUUCAACGCGGCGGCCAGGUCGCUCGACGCCGAUCUGGCCCGGCUCGGAGGCGAGCGAGUGCUCCGCCGGUGCGACGGCGACGAGAGCUCGGGGAAGAUGGAGGAACAGUUCCACGACUGGGUGGACAAGCUCGCGGAGCGCCUCAACCCCGAGGGCGCGUUUGCAGCCAAGACGAACCUCGCGCCUGCCGUCGACGCGGACGUCGACAAGAAGGAGACUUUUUACGACACGGACGACGAGGAGGGAUCGGGCGACGACGACUACGAGGGCGCGAGCGCCGGGUCCGAGGACGGCAUGGACAUGGAGGACAUGGGCGGCGACGCGACCGGCGAGAAGCGCGAGAUGGUGACGCCGCAGCUUCGCGCCGCGCUCACCAAGCAGGGAUACAAGAUUCUGGGUUCUCACUCCGGGGUCAAGCUGUGCAGGUGGACCAAGGCGCAGCUCCGGGGGCGCGGCGGCUGCUACAAGCACUCCUUCUACGGCAUAGAGUCGCACCGGUGCAUGGAGGCGACGCCGAGUCUGGCGUGCGCGAACAAGUGCGUGUUCUGCUGGCGGCAUCACACCAACCCGGUGGGCCGCGAGUGGCGGUGGCAAAUGGACGACGCGGAGACGAUCGUGGAAAAGGCCGUGAGCGAGCACCGCGGCAUGAUCAAGCAGAUGAAAGGCGUCCCCGGAGUCAUACCGGAGCGGUUCGAGGAGGGCAUGGACCCGAGACACUGCGCGCUGUCCCUGGUGGGCGAGCCGAUCAUGUACCCGGAGAUUGACAAAUUCGUCGGGUUGCUCCACGCCAAGCGGAUCAGCACGUUCCUGGUGACCAACGCGCAGUUUCCCGACGCCAUCAAGAACCUGCCAGCGAUCACGCAGCUGUACGUUUCCGUGGACGCCGCGACGCCGGAGACGCUGAAGGCGAUCGACAGACCCUUGUUUGGGGACUAUUGGGAUCGCUUCGUCAGUAGCCUCACCGCCCUCCGCGACAAGAACCAGCGCACCGUAUACCGCCUCACGCUCGUCAAGGGCAUGAACGCCGAGGACGCCGCAGAGUACGCCAAGCUCAUCGACCUCGGCAAACCCGACUUUAUCGAGAUCAAGGGCAUGACCUACUGCGGCACCACCUCGGGAGCGUCCAACCUCACCAUGGAGAACGUUCCUUACCACGAGGAGGUUAAGAAAUUUGGCGAGGAUCUGUGCAUGGCGAGGCUGAAGCAACAGGGCGGGGAUACGGGCGGCGAGCUCACCGGGGGCACGCCCAAGGAAGCGGAGUAUGGCCUGGCGUGCGAACACGCGCACAGCUGUUGCAUCCUCCUGGGGAGAAAGGAUCCCUAUUUGGUCGAUGGGGCGUGGCACACGUGGAUCGACUACGAGAAGUUUCAGGAUCUGGCGGCCAGUGGCGAGCAGUUCAGGAGCGAGGAUUACAUGCUGCCCACGCCGCAUUGGAGCGUAUGGGGCGCGGAGGAAGGAGGUUUCGAUCCUGGAGAGACGCGGGUGCGGAAGGUGAGGAACCACCCGGGGAAGGACUCGGCGCAGUCAUCACCGCGCCCAACUGGCGAUUAA